CACAAAAAAGGACUCCGUUGAAGGUUGCAACUUAGCAAGGUCCUCGUCAUCGGCCAAAUUUCGUCUUCAAUUCUUCAGCCAUGGCGUCUCUAACCACCUCCGGCCUGCUCAAAACCCCACCUUGUUAUUCCCAAAUUCCUGCAAAUUAUCGCCAAUACCCACCUUCUGCCCAUCGGCAACACCAAGGACCCAAUUCCCUGAAAAGGGUUUUGCCCAGACGAGGCAUUAAAGCUUCAGCUUCGAAUUCGGGUCCAUCCACGAGCUCCUCGCCAGGGCUCUACUCGGCCCAGAAAUUUGAACUCACCAUUGGAAACGUGGACCUGGUUCUUGAGGACGUGAGGCCUUAUCUCAUCGCGGAUGGAGGAAAUGUGGAUGUUGUUUCUGUUGAAGAUGGAGUGGUUUCCCUCAAACUCGUAGGAGCAUGCGGUAGCUGCCCGAGCUCAACGACCACCAUGAAGAUGGGGAUCGAACGUGUAUUGAAGGAAAAGUUUGGAGAUUCAGUAAAGGAAAUAUGCCAAGUGUAUGACGAAGAGCCAAAGGAGACAACACCCGAGGCAGUAAAUAGUCACCUUGACGUAUUGAGGCCAGCCAUAAGGAACUAUGGCGGGAGUGUAGAAGUAAUAUCGAUCGACGGUGGCGAUUGCCUCGUGAAGUAUGAGGGUCCUGAAUCUAUUGGUACAGGAAUUAAGGCAGCCAUUAAAGAGAGAUUCCCAGAUAUUACAAAUGUUGUGUUUUCAGGCUUGGUUUGAAAAUGUAUGUAUAGCUUGCUGCAUUUAUUGAAAAUGUUAUACAUGCUCACCUUUUCAUUAUAGGAAUAUGUAAAGUUCUCUUGUUCAAUAAAAUGAUACAUAAUUUUUGUGACCCUAUCAUAUGCACUUGGAGUGAAAGUACAUUUUUUUAAGGGGAAACACUGUUCUAGACAAAAUUUAUUUUCUGAACUUUAUACCACUGGAAAUUCAGAUAAGGAUUGAUUUUAUUUUAAA